ACGGCCGUGUUUGUGUGUGUGUGCCAUUGUUAGCUGUUCAAAAAACACACAAAGAAACCGAACGGAAAAACGUUGGACGACACACCGUUAAAUAUGGGCCCACCGGGAGACAGAACACGCCACAUGUCGAUUGAAAGAACGGAGGAUUUCCGCUGGAUUGUCGAUUUAUCUUGACAUGGCAUGCGGCAGGGCGAGUCGAAGGUUGUGACGACUGAAGAAAAGAAGAGAAAGAAAACAGGCUGCAAACAACACGAAACUUCAGACGUGAAAGGGGGGAUCUGGUGUAACUAACAUAUUUCGCUAUUUAGCGACGUUGGUUGGUUAUAGGUUCCCUAGCUGAUUUUUUUGUCAAUGAAGUUGUUGACAAGACGCGACUGAAGCAAAUGAUACCAAGCUAAAAUGCUGAGCAUAAGCCAAACCAGUUAAUCAGUCCAGCCCGCAGGUCUUCGACUCUCACAGCACUGGCCUUCACAUUGAACCAGUCAAGAAAAUGUAAACGCGUGGAAAGAUGACUGUACCCUAGCUAAUUAACCGCACACAGGCCUCAGUUAAGCCAAUCAGUCGGAAGAUAAAAUGUAGCUAUACCGUUGGCUCACUACUAGUUAGUGUCUGAAGUGAAUGCUUAGGUUAGCUUGCUAGCUCAUUUUGGCUAGUGUGCUAAAAAUACGACCACAUCAUGACUAUCAGCAGUGGCGACACCGUAGGCCGUGGGCCAAAUGAGUGGCAGUAGAAGUAAAGGAAAUGUCAAGUUACUUUCGCAGUAGUCUUUGAUGUUACCCGGUGCCUCUAUAUCUCGGCAUCUGUAUUUACCUGCCAUGUUCGUCUGUGUCCCUAGUCUGUCUGUAACACGCACAUAACGCAGUGUCUACAGAGAAACAAACACAAAACGACAGCCAUGGACGAGGGAUUCUGAAAUUACCCAAAUAAUAGAUUAUUUGUCUGCUUGCUAGUUUCUGUAGUCUUCGAUUUCACACACACAUAAUCUAUGUCCGGUAUGGGUUUAUAGUAGUAUCAACCGUAUCUGUUCAUUUCAGUGUACAGAAGAACGGUUUGUUAAACCUCAGUUGCUCUUUACAUUUUAUCUCAGUUUUGAACCCAUAUCCAUCGCAUUUUGAUAAAGGCUCAUUUGGCUUCAGAGUCAAAUCUUAAAAACAUGGAUUUCUGAAAAAGUUCUAAGGUGAUGUAGUCUUAGCUUGUUGAUCAUUCCCCUCCUCAUCUGCCCCCUUACAAAUUAAAAAAAAUGACAUAGUUUUGUUUUUUGAUUUGUUGUCCUUUUCAGUUGGUAGUUAGUGGGUAUUUCACAGAUCUUGCCUAGAGUUGUUUGAGGAGUUGUUUCUGCAGAGGGUAGCUAUCUCCAUCCUUUAUCCAGCGUAGAGAUAAUAAAAGCAGAGAGUGUAGCCAAAAUACUCUGCACAAGAGAACCAUCAAAACCUAACCAUGGGAGACCCCACUUCACGAAGAAAUCAAACAAGAAAUCGACUUCGUGCUCAACUUAGGAAGAAAAGGGAAUCUUUGGCUGAUCAGUUUGACUUCAAGAUUUAUAUAGCCUUCGUUUUCAAAGAAAAGAAAAAGAAGUCUGCACUUUUUGAGGUAGCUGAAGUGGUGCCAGUGAUGACUAACAACUAUGAAGAAAACAUCCUAAGAGGUGUGCGGGAUUCCAGCUACUCUCUUGAGAGUUCAAUAGAACUCUUACAAAAAGAUGUUGUGCAACUACACGCCCCCCGAUACCAGUCAAUGCGAAGGGAUGUGAUAGGUUGCACACAAGAGAUGGAUUUUAUCCUUUGGCCACGCAACGAUAUUGAGAAGAUUGUCUGUCUGCUGUUCUCCAGAUGGAAGGGGGCUGAUGACGAACCCUAUAGGCCUGUUCAGGCCAAGUUUGAAUUUCAUCAUGGAGACUAUGAGAAGCAGUGCUUGCAUGCCUUGGGACGCAAAGACAAGGCUGGAAUGGUCAUGAACAACCCUACUCAGUCUGUAUUUCUCUUCAUGGAUAGACAGCACUUACAGACUCCUAAAACCAAGGCCACAAUUUUCAAGUUGUGCAGUCUCUGCCUGUACUUGCCCCAGGACCAGCUGACCUGCUGGGGUGUGGGAGACAUCGAGGAUCACCUCCGCCCAUACAUGCCUGAUUAAGGCUUCCUGCUCCACCCAGCCACAUAUGGAAAGCUCUACCCCUCCCUCCUGCCUACACCUUCAGAAGCAAAUUCAUGUACUCAUCUUCACCCAUUUCCUUUUUUUAAAAAUUGAACUUGUGCUUGGAUCUCCUACUUUUUGUUAACUACUUGUUCUCCCUCCCCUGACCCGAUACUGGUUCAGUUCCCAUCCUUUUUUUUCUUCCUAGUGUUCCCUCUCUCUGCCAUUUUUGGAUUGGUUCCCUUUUUUUUAAUUUGUCUUCCCCCUUCAUUCCCUUCUCACUCAUCCAUUUUUGUUUAUUUGAACCUGCACAAACAUUGAUUUUGAGUGGUUGGUUGUUCUCUUGGAGCUGCACUGUCAACAGCACCGGUCAUUGAAGGAACUCUUUAUGUUGCAUCAAAACAGGAACAAACAGCACACAGGUCUUCAUGGUGGUUCUCAGAUGGACGUGUUUUUUAUAUCCUUGUUGUCAUAAGAAAGGAUUGUUAAAGCUUGUUUGUAAUGUCAUUAGGUGUUCUAAAACAACUUAACACAAUCUCUUGACCAAGGACAGGUGUGAAUAGGUGUUUAAACACCUGUGUAAGAAAAGAUAACAAGAUGAACAAUAUUUGUCAAAUCAUAUGGUGUAGGUAUUGCUUCUUAUGAACCGCCUUAGUUUUUUUUGCUGGACUUUAAAAAAAAAAAA